AUGGAGAACACUGUCCAGACCACGUCCGUUAUUGAUGAGAAGAAAAAUCAGUCAGAAAUGGCUGCUGACAAAGAGUAUGGGGUUGCGGAGACCCUCAGCUCUCAAGAUGAAAAGAGGCUUGUGAGGAAGAUUGACCUACACCUUAUGCCGCUUUUGAUCAUUAGCUACGGCCUUCAAUACCUUGACAAAACCAGUUUAUCCUACAGCGCCAUUCUUGGAUUACGAGAAGACCUGAGUCUGCAUGGACAACAGUACAGCUGGGCAUCUGGCAUCUUCUACAUUGGGUACCUGGCUGCCUCGUACCCUAUUUCGCUCGGAUUCGUCCGUUUCCCACUGGGCCGGUACCUCAGCGUUCUAAUUUUCCUUUGGGGAGUAGUCCUCACUCUCCAUGCCUGUGCGCAGAACUAUGCCGGGCUUAUGGUGCUGCGAACCUUCCUCGGUAUCUUUGAGAGUGCUAUUAGCCCUGGCUUCUCACUUAUCACUGGAAUGUGGUAUACCCCCAAGGAACACGUCUCUCGCCACUCGUUCUGGUUUGCCGGGAACUCUAUCGCAAGUCUUAUUGGAUCAGGCAUUGCGUACGGCACUCUACAAUAUACAGGAGGAUUCAACAAGUGGAAGAUGCUUUUCCUCAUCUUCGGCCUCAUUACAGUCGCUUGGUCGGUUUUCCUAUGGUUCUUCCUCCCCGAUGACCCCUCGACUGCGCGCUUCCUUACCCCGACGGAAAGAGAGUUUGCAUCUCUACGACCCAAGAAGUUCCAGCGUACUACUCAGACAAAGAGGUGGGAUAAGGGCCAGUUUAUUGAGACCAUGAAAGACGUGAAGACAUGGUGGUUCUUAUUAUUUUCUUUUGUGAUUUGCGUGCCAAAUGGUGGUACAACCAGCUUCAACACAAUUAUCAUUAACAGCUUCGGCUAUGAUGAAUUCCAAACCAUCCUAAUGGGCAUGCCAGCCGCCGCAUUCCAGUUCACCACGGUCGUCCUCGCCGCGCUAUUCACAACCUACAUCCGCAAGUCCAGACUGUGGGCCAUGAUCUCAAUCUUCCUCAUGGCCAUGGCGGGAAUACUCAUGGUCAAGCUUCUUCCCUACGACCGGAAGAUUCCUCGACUUGCAGGAUACUGGCUUGUAACCGCCGUGGCUCCUGCGUUCCCUCUCAUGAUGUCGUUGUUCGCUAGCAACACCGCUGGGUUUACAAAGAAGUCCACCGUCGUCGCUCUCAUUUUCGUCGGAUACUGUGUUGGAAACUUCGUGGGUCCCCAGUUCUUUAAGAGCACCGAGGCACCGGGUUACUCGACUGCCUACACCACAAUUCUUACCUGCUACGUAAUCUCGAUUGUCAUGACUGCUCUCUUUCGGGUGUAUCUUAGCUGGACGAACAAGAAACGGGAUCAGAACCAGGGGGUGCACAUUGACCCUGAGGAACAUCGUGAGAUUGACCUUCAGGCAGACGAGGAGCUGGACCAUGUGGAUGAGACAGAUAUCCAGAACCAGAGCUUUAGAUAUAUUUUGUAA